ACACACACAUUUGCAGGCGCGCGUGCGCACGCCCGCGUGCCUCCAGCCGCGGAGUCUCCAGCGCCCCUCAGCAGAUCCCGGCUCUCCCAGGCGCCGCUACUCACACAGGCUUCCAGCCGCCACGGGGCGUCCUCUGUCUGCUGCAGCGGCGGCGACGGCGGCGGCGGCGGCAGCGGAGGGAACGGUGACUGCAGCCCGGCCCCAUCUCCCAGCUUCGUGCCCGGGACAGAGUCCGGGAGAAGCAAAGAAGGAGGACGCCGAGGCUAGGAGGAGCCGCGCCGCGCCCGGCGCCCCACUCCGCGCGGCGGGCUGCCUCCGCUCCCCAUACGGCGCCCCCAGGUCCUUUGCUGCCAGCAUGCUAUCAUAUUUAUAAUAUGUGGAGGAGAGAGAGCUCACCAUGCUCAGAACCCGAUGACCUCCGAGGGGACCCUGCACUCAGCCAUCAAAGUGCUCCUGCCCACCUGGAUGCUCAUAAUUCAAUGGUAGAUGCAGGUGGAGUUGAGAACAUCACCCAGCUUCCCCAGGAGCUUCCUCAGAUGAUGGCUGCAGCAGCUGAUGGUUUGGGGAGUAUAGCGAUAGACACGACCCAGCUCAACAUGUCUGUGACAGAUCCGACAGCCUGGGCUACAGCCAUGAAUAACCUGGGCAUGGUUCCCGUGGGGUUGCCUGGACAGCAGCUCGUGUCUGACUCAAUCUGUGUCCCAGGCUUUGAUCCAAGCCUCAACAUGAUGACUGGAAUCACCCCCAUUAACCCAAUGAUACCAGGCCUUGGACUGGUACCUCCCCCACCACCAACAGAAGUGGCUGUUGUCAAAGAAAUAAUCCACUGCAAAAGCUGUACUCUUUUUCCUCAAAAUCCAAAUCUUCCACCUCCUUCCACAAGAGAACGACCUCCUGGGUGUAAGACUGUAUUUGUCGGAGGAUUACCAGAAAAUGCUACUGAAGAAAUUAUUCAAGAAGUCUUUGAACAGUGCGGUGAUAUUACAGCAAUUCGGAAAAGCAAGAAGAAUUUUUGUCACAUUCGCUUUGCAGAGGAAUUCAUGGUUGAUAAAGCCAUUUACCUUUCCGGUUACAGGAUGCGAUUAGGGUCUAGCACCGACAAAAAGGAUUCAGGCCGCCUUCAUGUGGACUUUGCCCAGGCCAGAGAUGACUUUUAUGAGUGGGAAUGCAAGCAGAGGAUGCGUGCCCGGGAGGAGCGGCACCGGCGCAAGCUGGAGGAGGACCGGCUCCGGCCCCCGUCCCCGCCCGCCAUAAUGCACUACUCGGAGCACGAAGCCGCUCUGCUGGCCGAAAAGCUGAAAGAUGAUAGCAAGUUUUCAGAGGCUAUCACAGUGUUACUUUCCUGGAUUGAACGAGGGGAAGUGAAUCGGCGCUCUGCAAACCAGUUCUAUUCCAUGGUGCAGUCAGCCAACAGCCACGUCCGCCGGCUAAUGAAUGAAAAAGCCACCCAUGAGCAGGAGAUGGAGGAAGCCAAGGAGAAUUUUAAAAAUGCCUUAACUGGGAUUCUCACUCAAUUUGAGCAGAUUGUGGCCGUUUUCAACGCUUCUACCAGACAAAAAGCUUGGGACCAUUUCUCGAAAGCCCAGCGCAAGAACAUAGACAUUUGGCGAAAGCAUUCUGAGGAGCUCCGGAAUGCUCAAAGUGAGCAGCUCAUGGGCAUCCGCCGCGAAGAAGAAAUGGAAAUGUCUGAUGAUGAGAAUUGUGACAGCCCUACAAAAAAAAUGAGAGUCGAUGAAUCAGCCCUGGCCGCUCAGGCCUACGCUCUGAAAGAGGAGAAUGACAGUCUCCGCUGGCAGCUGGAUGCCUACAGGAAUGAGGUGGAGCUGCUGAAACAAGAGAAAGAACAGCUUUUCCGAACAGAAGAAAACCUCACCAAGGACCAGCAACUGCAGUUCCUGCAGCAAACCAUGCAAGGCAUGCAGCAGCAAUUGCUAACCAUCCAGGAGGAAUUAAACAACAAAAAGUCAGAAUUGGAACAAGCAAAGGAAGAGCAGUCACAUACACAAGCGUUACUAAAAGUCCUCCAGGAACAAGAAAUCAAUGUGUUGACAGUUGCAUUGGUCAACCAAGACCGAGAGAACAAUAUUGAGAAAAGAAGCCAAGGCUUAAAAUCAGAGAAAGAAGCUCUGCUAAUAGGUAUCAUAUCAACGUUUCUUCAUGUCCAUCCUUUCGGAGCCAAUAUAGAAUAUCUCUGGUCAUACAUGCAGCAACUGGACUCCAAGAUAUCUGCAAAUGAAAUAGAAAUGCUUUUGAUGAGGCUGCCACGCAUGUUCAAACAGGAAUUCACAGGCGUGGGAGCCACGCUGGAAAAAAGAUGGAAAUUGUGUGCCUUUGAAGGAAUUAAAACUACCUAACUGUGAAGAGCAAAACAUCUCUGGAAAUGAAACCAUGUGAACCUGGCCAGGGCUGUGCAACUGGGGGAGCAGGAGGUGUGGGAUUGGUCCAGCACGCAACCUUUGUGGAGACAUCAAAGCUUGCCUUUAGUUAUAUCUGUGGUGUUCUCUUGUGAGUGGAAAUGUAAUUGUGUACCAGUUCCUUAAAAUAAACAAAGCUUCAUAUUGUGACAGAUCUGUUUCCUAUGAAAACCAAACAAUGAUUCCACAGUCAUAAUGGCAAAAUCGUAAAAUAUGCUACAUUUGAGAAUAGCUCACCAAGCAAAAUAUUUAAAGUUAAUGAUGGUGUAGCGAUGAUUGUUGCUAGGCUACAGAGUUGUAUAUGUAAUGUAUAGCUGAAAUCAUUAAAUGACAUUUUCCUGAAAGUCUUUCUGUUUUAGUAAAAAAAAAAAAAAAAAAAAAAGAAAAAAAUAAUUUUACAGUAAGGGAAAAUCAUACCAAAAGAAAACUUGAAUAUGUGUCUAAACAGUUAUUGUAUUUUGUAAAUUAAGUUAUAUGCUGUUCCAGGGACUUUUGCCUUAUUGAAGAGGCAGAAAAUAUGAUUGGACACAUUGAGAAUGCUUUAUCAAGAAUAUUAUUUUUCUAAUGUAACAAUUCUCCAUCAUAAGUUCUUUUAACAUGGACUGCAUAACAAUUUUCAUAAAGUGUAAAUAAAGGAAAAACUAGUGUUAUUGUCUUGUACUUGGUAUGUAACAUUCAGGUUUAUGCAUCAAAAUAAACAUUCAGUAAAUAUUCCUGUUACAAAUUUUAUAGCAAAGAUAUUAAUUUUUUUCAAUAAAUAUGACUUCUACCAUA